AUGAUUAUUUUUUCCUUUCUAGAGAUUAAGAAGCCCCCUGUGGCCCCCAAGCCAAAGUUUGCUGUGGCAAAUCAUAAACCAGCUCCACCUCCCAUCGCACCUAAACCCGACGUUGUGGUUUCUGGUCUCCCACAGUCCACGAAGAAAGCCAAACCGGCAGUGGCCCCGAAACCAAAGGCCCUGGGGAGCGCGCCUGUGGGUGACAUUGGGCAGCUGCCGGCAGGGAAGUUUACCAGGAGCCUGGGGGAGCUCAGGUGGAUGUCGGCCGAGAGCCCCGACACCUGGAACUGCCAGCCCGCGGGAGCCCAGUGCUGUGAUGACAUUUUGCCGGUGAGUUCCUGCGGCUCUGCGUGUCUCCACGAGGCUGGGAGUGGAGAGAAUCUGCGUGGGAAGCAGCUUGUUUCCGAGCCCCUGGACACAAGCGAGAAUUCAGAAAGCUGUAGAGUGGAUGAAUCUAGGAGUGAAUGUGGCUCUGCCUGUGAGAGGGUCAGGAGCCAGAGGGAGGUGGUCUUGAAGGCGAGCUUCCUGGAGGAGAAGCUCAAGGGGGUCCUCGCCCACCGGGUGUCGCCGCUCCUUUCCUCUCGGAAGCACGGGUCCCCAGGUGCCCCCAGCGCGAAUGCCUCCAGCAGGCUGCUCCGAAUUGAAUUUGCCGGUGUGCCACCCGCCCUGUCCAGCUGUGAAAAAGCCCCUGAUCGUCACAGUUGCCUUCCGGGGGAUGGAUGUGAAAGUACUGAAACUUGUCAGAACGGCAGUGAAAAGGGCAAGAAUCACAGUCAUUCGCUGGGACUUGAAACUCAGGAAAAUGGUCCCCGGGCCACUUGUAUGUCUUCAGUCAGGGUUAGCGAGGAACCAGAAGCCCGAGGCCUCGGGCCCUUAGCAAUUCACUUAGUGCCAUACACCCCCAAGUUUCCUACUCCCAAGCCCAGAAAGACACGCACUGCUCGCCUGUUGCGUCAAUGGCAUGUGGAUACUCCAGGUGAGCAUACCGAAGAGCCAGAGAGUGUCAGUCGUGACUCCUCUUGGCUUGUGGAAGGCAGUUUGAAAAACGGUAACAUCUGUGUUCUUCCCGUGAAUGUUUUGCGUGACCAGGGUCAGGUGGACAGAGUGAAGCUAGGAAACAAAAGUGACUUGAAUGUGGAAUCCAACAGUGACACGCGAGGCCUAGUCAGUUCACAGAAGGCCACGUGUCAUAAAGCGUCUGCCCUUGAAAAGGCAGCACCUCCUUUAGAUGCCAACUCCAAUCUGAGUUCUGACAGCACGGCAGUAGAUGGCUCUGGCGUGUCCCUGGCUAUGAACAAGGGGACCAGUUUUCUACGAUGCAGUACUCUGUCUAUGAGCCUGCCUACGCAACUCAAAUUAACGUGCAAGGAACACUUGCAACCGGAGGGAAACCUGGCUGUUUCUGCCCCUCACAUGCAGAAGGAAUCGAGUGUGAAAGAGGAAGCUUCCUCAAGAAUCGCUCCCAAGAAGCCCCAGAGACAUAGCGUGCCUGCUGCAGGACUGCUUAAAAAGGCUGCCUCUGUGGAACUCGUGGACAAGAGUUUGUUUCCCUCAAAUGAAGAGAAUGAUUCAGAGAAGGUUCUAGAAAGAAGUCACCUUCGGCAUUUGUGUGACCCAAAACAGGCUGUGUCCUCCUCCUUUGAUGUGCCUAAGCGCACUUCAGAAAAGCCAGUGUGGAAAUUACCUCACCCCAUUUUACCCUUUCCAGGGAACCCGGAAGCCUUGAAGUCUGUCGUCAUGUCCUCGCAGAGUGAGCCCUCGCCAACCCUGACCAAGCCCCGAGCCAAGUCGUUGUCGGCGAUGGACACAGAAAGGUGCACUAAGCCUUGCAGAGACUCUGUGAGGAAAACCUCGUUUCGAAGGUUGCUCAGCAUGAAGCUGUCCUUCGGGUUCUUGAAGAGUGACUUGCAGAAGUUUUGGUCCAGGAGUGGCCUGCUUGGAGACACAGGCACAGGCCGCCCCCCGUCAGGCGCGGAGUGGAAGGGGCUUGAAAUUGACUGGCGUGGCCUGCUAGGAGGAGAGGAGAACAGGGCCAGACCUGGCAAGGCGCACUCCGUGGACAGCAGCGGCCCGGAGUCGCAGAAGAAGAGGAAAAGGUCUCGGCAGCCCAGUGCGGCUGGUGGGCCUCGGGCGGAGUCUUUGGAUGACCAGAUGCUCUCCAGGGAGCCACCCCAGGCGUCCAGCAAGCCCAGCACCAGCCUCUGUGCUCCAGAGUAUGAAAAUGUACGCCAUUACGAGGAGAUCCCGGAAUAUGAGAACUUGCCGUUCCUCGUGGCUGCAGGGAAAACUCCAGAGCUGGCGUGGCAGAACUCCAGCAGCGCAGAGGACCCUGGGGCAGGUGUAUAUGAGGUGGACGAGCCAUACGAAGCGCCAGCAGGCCCACUGCAGCUGGGACCCAGACGUCAGCAUUCCAGUUCUGGAGCAUCUCAGGAGGGCCACCGCAACCUCAAUCUUGGUGACCUUCCCUCUGAUGAGGAGGACGCCAGCUCCACCUCCAGUCAAGGAGAGCCUGACCCACUGGAAGAUAGACAGGAUGAAGAUGAUGGAAUGAAAGCGAAAGUUCAUCAUAUUGCCAAGGAGAUCGCGAGCUCAGAGAAAGUGUUUGUGGAUGUGCUAAAACUUUUGCAUAUUGACUUCCGGGAUGCAGUAGCCCAAGCUUCCAGGCAGCUUGGGAAGCCCGUGGUCGAGGAACGGGUCCUCAGCCAGAUCCUGUACUACCUGCCGCAGCUGUAUGAGCUCAACCGGGACCUCCUGAAGGAGCUGGAGGAGAGGAUGCUGAGCUGGACUGAACAACAAAGAAUCGCUGACAUCUUCGUAAAGAAAGGGCCGUAUCUAAAAAUGUAUUCCACAUACAUCAAAGAGUUUGAUAAGAAUAUAGCUUUGCUGGAUGAGCAGUGCAGGAAGAACCCAAGCUUCGCUGCCAUCGUUAGAGAAUUCGAGCUGAGCCCUCGCUGUGCCAGCCUGGCCCUCAAGCACUACCUGCUCAAGCCCGUCCAGAGGAUCCCCCAGUACAGGCUGCUGCUCACAGAUUAUCUGAAGAAUCUCAGAGAAGAUGCUAGAGAUUACAGAGACACUCAAGAUGCUCUUGCUGUUGUUGUAGAGGUCGCCAACCAUGCCAACGACACCAUGAAGCAGGGGGACAACUUCCAGAAGCUCAUGCAGAUUCAGUGCAGCUUGAAUGGACACCAUGAAAUCGUGCAGCCUGGACGGGUGUUUCUCAAAGAGGGGACGCUGAUGAAGCUUUCUCGGAAGGUGAUGCAGCCCCGGAUGUUCUUCCUGUUCAAUGACGCCUUGCUGUACACGACACCCGUGCCGUCUGGGAUGUAUAAGCUGAACAACAUGCUGUCCCUGGCUGGAAUGAAGGUCGGAAAGCCCACCCAGGAAGCUUAUCAGAAUGAGCUGAAGAUUGAAAGUGUAGAACGUUCCUUCAUCCUCUCAGCCAGCUCUGCCACAGAGAGGGACGAGUGGCUGGAUGCGAUUUCCAGGUCCCUUGACGAGUACGCCAAGAAGAGGGUCACCUUCUGUCCCAGCAGGAGCCUCGACCAGGCAGACUCUGAAGAGAAAGAGAAAGCCAGUCCCCUGGGAUCCAAGGCGCCCAUCUGGAUUCCCGAUACAAGAGCCACCAUGUGUAUGAUCUGCACAAGCGAAUUUACUCUGACCUGGAGGCGGCACCACUGCCGGGCCUGCGGAAAGAUCGUAUGCCAAGCUUGUUCUUCCAAUAAGUGUGGCUUAGAUUACCUGAAAAACCAGCCAGCAAGAGUAUGUGAACAUUGUUUCCAAGAACUGCAGAAAUUAGACCAGCAGCACUCCCCCAAGAUCGGAGCUCCUGGAAACCACAAGUCUACUUCAAGUGCCUUAUCCUCUGUCUUACACAGUAUUCCAUCAGGGAGGAAGCAGAAAAAAAUCCCAGCUGCUCUCAAAGAAGUAUCAGCAAACACAGAGGACUCAUCUAUGAGUGGCUACUUGUACCGGUCAAAGGGCAAUAAAAAACCUUGGAAGCAUCUGUGGUUUGUCAUAAAAAACAAAGUGCUGUACACAUACGCUGCAAGCGAGGAUGUGGCAGCCCUGGAGAGCCAGCCCUUGUUAGGGUUCACCGUGACUCCAGUCACAGAUGCGGAUUCUGCAGUAUUUCAGCUGCUGCAUAAAAACAUGUUAUUUUAUGUAUUCAGAGCGGAUGAUGCUCACUCGGCUCAGAAGUGGGUAGAAGCAUUUCAGGAAGGCACAGUCCUGUAGCAGUAUUGUUUUCAUCUCUUCUGCGAUUCCAGACUGGUGGAAUUUCAUUGGGGAGAAGUAAAUGCAACCAGGAAUUUUAUAGAAAUGAAUACUGCCGAGAUAAAUCCAAGCAUGCUGUUCGUCAGAUCUAAGAAAUUAUUUUGUUAGGUAUAGGUAAAAAAUUUUUUUAAUGUUUGUUUUUCAUAUAUGUUAUUUAUUAAAAUGUUGAUGUUUACUUAAUGGUCAGAAUUAUUUCUGACACUUACACUGAAUUCUAAAGUACCAUUUCUUUAGAGACUAGAAAACUUCUCUUAAUACUGUAUACUUUAUUAGCUAUUUGUGAUGUGGUCCACACUGUUUUCUCUACCUUACAGUGUAACAUUCUCACUCAUGCUAAGUCUUUGUAAGUAAAAAAUACGUAUCAAGGAGCAAAUGUCCAUGCAGUGCUUGGUUUAUAAAUGACGAUUAUCAUAAAAUUGCCAAUGAAAAAUGCAUGUCUUUGAAUAAGUAAACUUAGAUGAAUUUUUGUACCUUUUAGUGGAAAAACAUGGCCAGCUUCUACCUCAGUAACUGUGAAAUGAAAUUUUAGUAAAUUAUCUA